CGCCGCCCUCCCAGCCGGAGCGCGCCCGUCUGGGUGGGGGCCGUCCGGGAGGGGCGGCGCCCGGACGCACCGGCCCGCAGCGGGCACAGCGGCCUCGUUGGUAUUCCGGGCGCGUUCGCAGCCCUGACCUCCCCGCGGAGCAGGGGUGCCCGGGUGCUCGGGCACGGCCGCCGCCGCCCCCGGGCGGUCUCCCCAGGACGCAGGGCGCGCGGGCGCCUCGCUUCCCUCGUCCCCUCCUCCCCGGUCCCCCGUGCCCCCUCCCCCGCCCCGAUCCGGCGGCGAAGGGGUGGGCAGGGAAACGCGCUCUCUGGGACAGGUGCCAACUCCGAGACAAAAGACAUAAAAUAGGCGGCAACGGGGGAAGCGCGGCCAGCGCGCUCGGGCGGGGACCGCGGCGCCGCGGGGGCCGCAUCCUCGGUGCGGGCCGGGGAAAGUUUGGGAAGUCGGUGCGGCCGCUCUGCGGCGGCGGGGGACGCGCGGCCCAGGCCGCCCUCCGAGCCGCGCUCGUCCUCUCCGCGCCGCUGCUGAAUAAUUCAUGGCGCGCCCGCCGGCCAUUAGCAUGCACCGGGCGCGCGGCGCGUCUGUGCCAAGCCGCCGCUGCAUUCGGAGCCCGGGCAGCGCCAGACGAGUGGCCCGCUCCGUCCCGGUGCCCUCCGGCCGCCCCCGGUGGCUCUCACCAUGGCCACGCUCGCGCCCUGGGCCGCUGGGUCCCGAGCCCGCCCGACGGCCAGGCUCUGAGCGUCCGGGCCCGCUGCGCCCGCCUGGCCGCUCCGGGAUGCACGUGAACUUGGAGAAAGUCACGGAGCACGCCGGCCCGGUCCUCCGCGGCAGGGCGUGGGCGCACGCGGGCCCGCACACUCUCGUUGGCGUCCCGGACAAAGGUCUCCAGUGGCGCCAGCCGUGGACGCGUGACUCGAUCCUUCGGGCCACUCUUGCGUGGUGGGUCGUUGGAUGUAAGACUGCUGAAGCCCGGAGCGGUGGGUCCGGGGUUUGGGGCCUCGCCGUGCGCUGGCCAGAGGCCGUCCCACGCUGCGAAGAGUUGCGGGAGCGGCUCCUCACUGCCCUCGGCUGUUUCUGCGCGCCCAGGAGCCCAACGCAAGUCACCCCGGACUCCAGCCAGCGGCCGUGGGCAUGCCAGCGAAGCGCUAGCGGCGGCCAAGACGUGGUCUGGCAGGGCGGUGGACGAGUGCACCGCGGGCAGGAUCAAGGUUGGAGAGGUUCAUACCUGUUGGUGGAGAUGUUAAAGAGGAGUGGAACUAAAAACUUGAUGAAGUCUGACACAGCUGGCUGGGAGUGGCACCGGCUUCUUCUUGACAACUUCCCCGGGUGACUCAGAACUCAAUGGUCACGUCCAGCUCAGAGAUCAGAAGCAGCAAGUCCCAGAGCGCUACCAUAAUGAUGCCGUCCAGGUCCACAGUACCACUGGCUGCCUUGGUCAUUGCCAUAAUGACAGUACAUUCCAGCUUCUCAAGGUAGGACAACCCAGGGCAUGCUCUGGGAGGCCAGGAGUGACUGGAAGGCUCUGCUACCCCUGUGAUGGGGGGUGGGGGGGCCCUUAGAAAAAUGAGGAGAUAGUUCCAAGUAAAACUCUUCUUGGGCAGCAGGGGGGCUACAUGAUGCUCUGUAACUGUUCUUCUGCCUGGUCCUGUUAUCUCUCCACCAGGAUAGCAAGAAGCCAUGUAGAGAGACAAGCUGUCUCAUUUAGGAACCUGGCCCCAAGCUUCUUUCCCUACAGCUUCCAGGCAGAAAAUUCUGUCACCCUGAAGUGAUACUUGUUCAGGCCAUGCCCUCCUUCCAGAGACCCAGCAGAAUGUUCACAAUUUACCGGCCCAGAUCAAUGCCUUCCCACGUGCCGGGCUAGGACAGAGCCUCCUGGGAUCCUGGAGUAUAAGCUUCAUAGAACAGGAAAUGGCUCCCAAGGAAGGGCGAGGUCCAGGGGGAGCUGAUGAGGAGGGGUGGUCUGUCAGCGAGCAGGCAGAGUCCUCAUGAUGUCAUGUCUGUAGUCAAUUCCCACUCACCCUCCUAUGACCCAGAUGAGGCUUUGACUGAGAAUAUCUACAGAUGAACACAUAGCUUCGUGCUCAGAGCUGGUGACCUGUAGCCUAAAUGUCUAGCUCCGAGCUGAGUCCAGGGACCAGGGUCCCUGCACAGUGGCCUUUCCCUACUGUAUUCCAGGCCUUCUGUGCUUUGCCCUAGGCAUAAGCCAGCAACUUCCUCAUGGCUUCCGAUGCUGUCCAUAUCAGACAACUAUCUCGCUAGCUCUCCAGAGAAGGUCCAUGGCCAACUGACUUGCCUCAGACCCUGUUUCUAGAUGGGGAGAGCUAGGCUCAGCUAUAUGGGCCUCCUCAGGCAGCUGAGACCUUGAAUCUUCCUUUUUUCUCUCUCCUGAGUUUUGCUAUGGGCCCUAGAUCGAGGGGUAGGCAAGCUACCAGAGCACUGCAGACCCCGAGCUAAACAGAGCUGAGUGCAGAUCGGAUCCAGCAUGGGACCAUCAUGAAGUGUGUAAGGCUACAAGAGCCAGGUCGAAGGCAUAUAGAUGCCAGCUCUGGGUGUGGCCCUGUGUAACUGGUCCGCGCUUGGAAGAGGGCGCCCAAGCCUGUCCAGCACUCUGCCACACACCUGCCAGAGCGUUCCAGUCUAAAGCCAGGGGAAACUCCACAAAGCCCAGGUCAUCUUCACUCAGAUGUGAUCUUUGUAGCAUCUAGGGGGCUUUUGCAUUAAUCAUUUCUCUAAACCUUGCACAAAGUUACUUGUCUUGAUGAGUGAGAUUCUUGUUCACCCCCUAACAUGCCUGUCCUAGCUAGAUCCAAGAUGGUGCCCACUGGGCAUGGCCUGCCCCCGGGCAUGCCGACCCAUGCCUACCCAGUGAGCAUGCAUCUUUUUAACUUUAUGGGCCGUGUUCACAAGGAGAUCCGCCUUCUGCCCAGCCGGAUGCCACCCCCCUCCUGCCGUUCCCAGACUCACUGUUGGCACGGCCUACUGAGCAGAGACACUGGCCGCUUUAUGGGAGAAACCUAAUCAGGGAAGCCAGGAGAGGGGGGGUUACCGUGUGUGUGGGGGUCUGGCUCUUGGUGGCCCCAAGCCAAGCCUGAGGUGACUUCAGGGUGACACUGUCUGUCUGCCUCUCUCCCUCCAGACAUCCGCCCAGCCCUGAAAGGGCCACCUGCCUGCCUAGGCCUUUGGCGCACCUGUCCUGGCCAGCCUGGCUCCUCCCCCAGGCAGACACUGCAGGACUGGGACAGGACUGAGAGGUGGCGGCUGGCAGAUGGCAGGGCGUCUGCUGACUGCUCACUCCCUGCCCGCCCCGCCACUGGCCCUCCUCCAGCCUGUCCCCACUGGGACCCUGCAGUCUGUUUCAGGACCCCUUCCUUGUUACCCCCUUGAGAAAGGAGUCAUUUCUGUGGGUCCCAAGCCCCAGGCCCGAGGCCAGGCUGUUUCACAGGUGGGCUUGACACAUCGGAACGCUUCCCAAAUAUGGAACUGGGUCUUUUCCUUCUCCUUCACAAAUGGGUCUAGAGAUGACCAGAGAUCCAGAAAGGGUGACCCUCCCUGAAGUCUUGUGGAACCAGCGUAAGUCCCCCCCAGGUAGGGUAGAGCUGCCCUGAAACUGAAGAGACCGUGAUAGCCAUGCCUGCCACCAGAGUGUGGAGAGGCACUGUGAGAGGAACGGGCCUAAGACAGGUACCUGUGGGUCAGCCUCACCAGAGCAGAGCCAGCACCCCCCUGCCCCCCGGGGGAGCAGGAGCCUUGUGGAAAGAAACAGGAAAAACAGGUCAGCGGUUCCUGGCAGACGGACAGACCAGAGCAAAAGCCAGGAGGUGGGAAGGACCUGGGAGAUGGCCAAGGAGGGCAGAGGAGACUUGCCCAGGGCAUUUCGCGGCUUUGUGGGUUGGGGGCAGGGCUGAUGGGCACAGUGGGAAGGAUCCGAGAAAGGGUGUCAGCGUGACAGAUAGCUCGGCUGUCUUGGGAGCCCAUGUGAGACUGGUAGUCAGGGAGGGGGCUUUCCCACCCUUGUGUGUCCUCACCAGACCCUCAAUAGCCAAUGGGCUCAUCUUCCCAUCCUUGAGUCGUGGUUGGGGGAGGGGGAUGUUAACAAGGCCUGCAACAAAGCACUCCGGCUUGACGGACAGAAGUGGGCAGAUCCUUGUCUUCAUAUUCUGUACCCCAGGCUCAGCUCCAGAGCCCUUCAGCUGGCCAGGCUUCUCCCUCACGGCCGCCAUGUCCCUGCUUGGCCUUCCUUCCGUCUUACCAAUGGCUCUGCCAUGAUGUUUUGGGCCCGAGGGAGGUAGGAUAGUGACUUGAUUCAUGGUGUGAGUCUGUAGUCGAGUGAGCCCUUUCUCUGGGUCUCUGCUCUUUGGGAGAGUUCAAGGCCCAUUUGCCCUACGUCCUAGGGAAGUUGUACCUAACUGGUGAUUUCCGAGAGGGGAUUCGCUCUCCUUCCAAUCAUCAGCCAGGCGGGCCACUGGCCACCCAUAAAAUCACGCUUGCCCACCACGGGUGAAGUUGGAGCAUAGUCUCUGACCCACAUGCCCAGCACAGGGCUGAGCUUAGAGGCCGUUCCAUCCAAGGCUUUGCAUGCAAAGUGUCACCAGGCAAAAGGCAGACUGGAUGAAAAUGUCAUUGUGCUAUAGGAUAUUAAGGAGUGGCCAGGGGAGGCCACCAGGGGCCAGGCUUUCUCCCUUCUGAAGUUGAUGAUCAUUGCUUUUGUUUCUAACCCCCAAGGUGGUCAGGAAGUGGAACCAAGCAGGAAGUUCUGCAUGCCCAUGGCUUCCCUGUGGUGAGUAGGGCCCCAAUGUCCUUUCUCUGGAAAGUAGGGAAACUUGAGAGUGAGGAAGGCUAGGGUCAGAAGCAUAUUCCUGCCAGUGCUCCAGGACCUGCCCUCAGCUUAGAUGUCUUUACCUGGAGGCCUUGUGCUCCCCCCAACCCCUGCCCUCAGUAGUGUGCCCCACCCCACCCCCCAGCAAUCUACCCCAGAUGACACAUCUACCCAUGAUAUGAUAUGAUAUGGUGACCUUUGACCCUGUAUCAGCCUACUUAGGUUGGGCAUGGUUUAACAGAGAUUCAGUUCCAUUCAUCACCAGCUCCAAGUGGAAGAGACGUAGCCUCCUAACCUGAGGACACGCUAUCUACAGGUCACUGAGCCCUGAGAGACCUCUGGGGACCUCAGCAUGAGGUGCCUUUCUUUUCUCUGUACCCCAGGCACCAUUACUCAGUCCCCCAGUGUGAUCCUGCUUCCCCCAGGGCACCUGGUAUCAAUGGAGGAUCUGCCAGAAGGUCUUGCCUAGAGAAAGGCCAGAUGAGGGAGACAGAGUCACAUCUGUUCCGGUGUUGGGCUAAGGCACAGUGGGUGGUGGCCCCACUGUCCUUGCUAGAACUAGGAUGCUUGUGUCCUGGUGUUUCUCUACCAUAGCUUGGGCUCUGCAAGGCUUCUGUUGCAAUGAAGCCCAGAUUCAGGGAGGCUCACCAAGUACAGAACAGGCGCUUGGGGGCUGCCACAGUGGCAUACACCAGCCUCCUGCUGCUAAGUAGAGUGGCUGAGAAUCCCCAGGGGUCAGCCAAAAGGACCCCACGGAAAUGCAUGAUGGUGCCCAAAGUCAGAGGGGCCAGUCUCGACCUUUCCAGCCAGUCCUGCCCAUGUACUUGUAUCCUGACAGCCAAGGGCAGAACCCAAAGUGUUGAGAGACCUGGGGUUGAUGUCUGACCUCUUUCCUCCUUCAAAGUGCUUCUGGGGGCGGUGGGGGUGGGGUGGGUGCCGGGCUCAGAUGGAGAUGACCAAUGUGGUCUCUAGCUAUUCCACCACAUCCGGGCACAGCCUGGGAACCGACAAGAUUAACCAUGGCCAGUCAAGCCUACAGAGAGGCUAAGCAGUGUGGGACACCCCUCAGCCUUCUCACCUGGGCCACCCAUCAUAGAUAGGAUCAUCAAAGGGGCCCUUCACCACUCUCUUCCCACGCCUCUUUCUGCCUUGCUCCCUCUGCAGGGACCAUCCUUGAGGAUAUUUGACCUGCCUGUUAGUGAAAGGGUCCAGGCUUGAGGCAGGGGAUGGCACCCCAGUGGCUCAGAUUUCCUUCUGGGGCUUGGGAGAUUAGUGCUUCCUGUCAUCACAGGCCUGCCCACUGUGGGCCAGGCCAUACCAGCACUCUGGAAACCUUGUUCCCAAGCUCCUCUGCCUCAUAGACUCCGGAUCUGGGUCCACAAUGUGGACUUAGACCUAAUGGCUUCAUUUUGACCCAGGGGCUUUGGACUUGUCCCUUGACCCUUGGCAGGGAGGAAGGGAGGCGUGACAGUAGACGCUAGGGCUCAUGCAGAGAGCAAAAGCUGCCUGGCUUCCUAGGUCUGGGCACAGGGCUUCCCUCCACAUGCUGGGCAAACCAGUCUGAGGCCCGAAAGAAGCAGGUCCUUCCCUUCUGAGAGCAGAGCUACCUGAGACCAGAGACUGAGCCUCAGUUUCUUCAGCAAUCCCUGUCUCACAGCUGGAGGAUUUGAUGGCUCAAUCCAGCAUAGUGCCUGCCUCGGAAGGCUGUGGACAGAGGGAGGCCUGCAGCAGAGUCUCCAGUUGAUACUGGAGAGCUGAGAGCCACAGGAGCAUCUUACAAGGCGGAAGAAUGUCCCCACACACUGCUACUGGGCCUUCCCUUACUUGUAAGAUGGGCUGACAAUACACUUGCCCAAGCCUCCCCCAGCAAGCUAGUGGCUGUGAACAGUAUGUAUAGCUGGCUGCUGCCCCAGAGCGGGCCUUAUCUGAUGCAACAAACAGCAAGAUCCACGCCAGGCCUCUGUUCUUACUCCGGUGUCCCCCACUGCCAGGCUCAGUCCAAGGCUCUGGGAGCCCCAAGCUCAGAGCCAAGCACAGAGCCCCUGCUGGCCUCCGGAAGUGCUAGUCGUCAGGGACAGACCGGCCAUGAGUGUCCUGCCAGGGUCUGCACUUGCGCCCGGCUGGCCACCAUGGGGAGUUAGGCUGCCUCCCACAAGGAAAGACUGUUUUGAGCCUCCCCCAGCAAGGUCAGCUCAGGCCACCCUGAGAAGAGGGAGGGACAGAACUAGAGCCCACGAGGUGGGGGGCUCUUCCUGCCUAAGGGGAAGAGGGUACAUGCCCAAGGCUACUACUUAGCAGGAGUCCUGGUGGUUCUACUACGCUAGAGUUGAGUGGAUAGAAGCUGGGCCUCAGCCAGGUGGACACUGGAAGCAUCCUGGACCUUGGUGGCCUUUAACAAAUGACACCCUUCCCCCAUAGUGGCCACUCCUGUUUAGUAACUGCUCAGUGCCCGGUGCUUUCUCUCUCUUCUCCCCGUCUCCCCUUACUCUCUCUGUGAUUUUGUUUAAAUGUCCCUGGCCCACUUUGAGAGAAUCCCAGUCCUCUAUUAAUAACCUCAGCACUGAGCUGCCUGUGUCGGGGUGGGGGGGGGCUCACCAUGUCCCCAGCUCUCCUUCUUCCUCUAGGAGGGACCUCAAGAAGCCGUGACAUCCAGCUCUACGCCAAGACUGACUGACGGCCUUUGGGGUGAGGUAGUAGGUUGUAUGGUUUUGGGCUCUGCCCCGCUCUGCGGUAACUAUACAAUCUACUGUCUUUCCUGAAGUGGCCGCAAUAUCUGCAGUGGAUACAACGGCGGCCCUGGCUGGGGAGACUGAGGGAGGGGCAGGGGGUGAUAGCUACCUUGCAAAAAGAGCCUGACGGAGACCUUGGAUAGUCCCUUGACCUCUCUGGGCUGUUACUCAUCUGUAUAAGGGUUGGGGCAUAGCGAUGAAAACAGACAGCAUUUUCAGGGCACCUCCUCUCCCUGGCCCACACUGAAGGGGCCUUCCUGUCCCUGGCCCCAUAUCAGACCUGUGCUCACAGGUCUCCAUGAAAAGAGGGUCUGGACUAGACCUUCAACUAUGUUCCAGAGUUGCCCAGGCUUUCCAGUGCAGGGUCAGGCCUCUGACGAGCAAGCGUUAGCUUCUUCUUCAUCUACACAGAGGCAGAGCGUCUCUUCUGAGAAGAAAUUGAAAAGGAGCCAUUCUUAGCACACCCAUGAGCACAGCCUGCAGAUGGACCGUGUAGGCUACUGUCCCCUGUCCCUGGGGCAAUGGGUUCAGACACCAGAGACUUCCUCCAUUUGUCUGGUAGGCACAGGCCUUUCUCACUGAGCCUCUGUCUCCACUUCCCCCUCCCCCACCCUGCCCUGUGCCCUAUGGCUCUAGUGGCCUGUGGCCAGGGUGGGUGGGGAGCGGCUGGGCCUCCUCCAGAACACGGACACCGCAGGGUGAGGUAGUAGGUUGUGUGGUUUCAGGGCAGUGAUGUUGCCCCUCCGAAGAUAACUAUACAACCUACUGCCUUCCCUGAGGCGCCCAGGGACACAGCUACAUGGAGGCCCCCGCUAAAUGGAGCCACAGAUUGGGUAGGGGCUAUGACGUGGGACCUGGGUAUAAAUAAAGGAUGUUCUGUCAUGAACUUA